UCCCCUCGCCUGCCCAGUCGUUGUCUCCGGCCACUUGAAAUGGAGCCAAAAAAUUAAUGGUUAAAAAGAUUGGUAUGUUUAAUUGAUUUGUAAUUUAGCCAAGAAGAUUGUGGACACUAUUAUUAGAGUAUAAAUUGAUUAGUAGUUCAAACAUGGCUUGCAAAUUUUGAGAUCUGGAUAUUUGCCAUGAUUAGUGAAAGAGAAAUUCGGCUUCGACUGUAAUGAUGCCAGUCACCAAGGAUUUGAAUUUACUCUGCCUUUAAUUUUUCUCUAACCCAACUACUUAAGAGGUUAAACUUUUGGCAAGGAUCUUGUGUUUUAUAAUCCUAGAGUGGUCAGCUCGGGUCUUCCGCGCGAUGCUCCGUUGCGAAACCCUUAAUUCGCACCGAUUCUGACCCCGUCUCACCGUGAGCAGGCUGGCUGCCUUUUCCGUUAGAGGAUGAUCAAUCAUGACCAGAACAUCGACGUUCCUUAUCGCGCGAGUCCGCCCUCGAAAAACUGCAACGAAAAGGCCCGAAACCGGUGGCUCCUCCUAGCCCACGCCCUUCUCAACAACAAGGAAAACCUGAGCGUCAACGAGGUGGAUCCGGUUUCCGUCCGGAGGUUUCAGGAGUUCGGACUCUUCUCCAUCCGGUCCUCAUCUGAAGUGGACAACGACAGCGUUAGUUGGUUCGACUACUCCACUCGCGUUGCCGAUCAAGACCUGAGCGUUAAAGUUCGCCACGUGUCCAAGCUGAUAACGCCCGCGGAUUUAAUGGGCUUCAACAAUACGGGGAACGUCUGCGUCUGGCCCUCGGAAGAAGUGCUAGCCUUCUACUGUCUCAGCAACAGGGACAUGUUCCGCGGGAAAUCCGUCCUUGAGCUCGGUGGAGGGAUGACCUGUCUUGCGGGUGUCAUGUUGGCCAAGUUCGCGUGUCCUCAGAGAGUUCUGUUGACCGACGGGAACCUCGAGUCCGUUGAGAACGUUCGAGCGAUCAUCGAUGCCAACGAUUUACGCGAGACAACCGCUGAAGCAGCCGUUCUCAAAUGGAACUGUAACACUGGAUCCUGGGCCGAGAAUUUUGACGUGGUCUUGGCAGCCGACUGCUUAUUCUUCGAGGAAACUCGGAAGGACCUGGUGAUGACUAUUUGGGAUUGCUUGAAGGGAGGCUCCAUCGCGCUGAUCACGGCUCCUGCCAGGGGUCAGACCCACUUGAAAUUCCUCGAUGCUGCCGAGAGUGUUGGUUUCGUCACGAAGCUCCACGGUCAGAACUACAACGCCGACGUGCAUCGCAGGCAUACGCAGUUGAAGUCGAGUAGUCCUCUCUACGAGGAAGACAUCCAUUAUCCGCUCUUGAUUUCCUUGUACAAACCAUCCACCGGUAAAUCCUAGCCUUAGUUCUGUGAUUCCCCAAUAGAUCGUAUUCGAUAGUGGUUCGAUGCAUCGUUUGGUUCAAAACAACAGAAUAUAACCUCAAACGAUAAUUUUAGGAUUUGAGUAGAAAAAGCUGAAAUUGAGAAUAUCCCCAACAAUUUCACUUUUCAUUGCCAUUUUAUACUUGUACCCAAAGAAUCAAAAACCUAUCACAAGAAACCCGUUCCCUCAGAGCAUUCAAUUGACUUUUGGGGCUGUGUUCACGUGUUGAACCAAUCGAUAUCGAUACAAUCUUACCUGUUUGAUGUAUUGAAUACGAUCCAUAGAGAGGAUCAUGAAUUCCGUCCACUUCCAAUAAAUUAAAUGUAACAGCCUUUCACUUAGAGAACGAUUCAUGCAGCAAAACAUUUGGAAAUCGGAAGAGAGGCAUCGAAAUGUGCACUUAAAAUCUAUCAACUACACUUGAAGUCCAUCAGCUGGUGCAUGAAGCACAAAAAUGAGAAAUGACGUCAUUUGUACUUUUACCAUUUACUAAUGUUAAUUGUAAAUACGUAUAUCUUCAUUAGACGAUGAUUUCCAAAGGUUGCGUAUGAAUCAUUUUCUACGUGAAAUUCAAAGAAUUAAUCAGUUUGUACUCUAGUCAGUGCUCCAACCAGUGACGUAGCCAGUUUUUUUCAUGGGGAUGGUCAAACAUGAUCAAAGAUUUAAAAUUCCUAAAGAUCACGAAAAAUUAAUUUUUCAGAGUUAAUUUUUGACUUAUUGGGGGUCCACCCCUCCCCCGCCACGGCUACACCACUGGCUUCAUCAAAUCGUAACGAAGUAGUCUUAUAAAACAUUCAUUAAAACUAAGUUAGUGCCCUAUUGAACCGUACGGACACGCCAAAUGUAAUAGAACAUCAAUGAAAUCUGUCCGUUUGUAAUUAAAUGACGCAUCUCUUUUUUCUAAAAAAUCCUUUAGAACUCAAACCUAUUUUAAGGUUUCUUUUUCUGUGAAAUGAGAAAGGAACGCAUACUACUAGAAGAAGAGAGUCACUAAAGGUGUAUUUAAUAAAAAUAGAUGCGGCUUGUUUUUAAACCGGAAGGCUCUAUUAAUUUGGUUCUAUACACGAUCUUGAAAUUUUGAUAUGAUUUCCAAAUUAUUUGAACAAAUUCUUAAAACUUUAAUUUCAAAAGUAUCUCAAAUUUUACCUCAAGGAUAUGAAAUGUUGUAAUGAAACUUCAAAUCUCAUGGAAGCUGAAAACUUCAUAUUAAUAUUACAAAUUGAUUUUUACCAUUUGUGUCCCGUCCAUGGAUGAGGGGACCUUUCUUUUAUAAUAUUCAAGAUCGAAAUAUUAAUGCAGAGCUGAGAGGAAUUUUUUAUACUUUGGCACUAGGCAUGCCUAGCAAUCUCAAAAAAACCAGUGUUAUGACAGUCCGAAGUUCUAGCAUCAAGAAUUAGUUUGGGGAAAAAGCGAUUCAAACUUUUCAUCUAAGUACCAUGUUUAGGGCUCAAAAUCGCCGCUUCAUCGAAACUCCACGCUCUUUAUCAGCGCCAACAUGAGUCAUUGUUGGCAACUUUGAGCCCCAAUAAGCUUUUUUCGGCUUUAAAGGCUGAUUUUUCGACUGAACUUCACGGAACUUGCUUACCUUGAAAAUUUACGUGUGUGCACGCAAGUGCCUUUUCUCGUACCCUGUCACAUCUCGAAUCAAAUUGUGGUGAAAAAAAAAUUGAUAAGCUUGAAUCCGGGUUUAAACAAGUCCAGUUGAGGGUGUUCAUGGCGGAGACAACGACUUUAACAGGGUGUCAGUGAACUGACCUGGGUAAAUAACUUUGACGAAAAACUUGCUUGUCCCUUGUCCCCCAACUCUGUAUCGCUCUGGCCAUAACCAAACUGGCAAGAGAAAAUUUCACCCAACUAUCGUGACCUAAAUAAUUUUGUAGUUGAACUCGGGAUCUUGAAUCAUUCCUAAUAUUUUUUUUUUUUUCAAUUCCAAUGCAUGGAUCUGAUAAUGCAAUGGUGUAAAUUGCUUCAAACUAGUCUUUGUAGACCGUUUUUAUGACAUCAUUCAGUGAAAUCGAUGGCUCUACCCAGAACAAAUACAUACAUAUUCCGCCUGGUUUUAAGAGCGGUAAAUUCAACAUUGAAUGGUUAGUCUAAUAGCUUACCACUUUAGUCUAGUCGUACGUAACCAAACGUUGGUUUAUGUACCAAUGAGAGUGAGCUUAAAAGCAAUCCUUUUUUUUUUCUUCUUCUUUUUUUUGUGCCAAAGAUAUUAAUCGUGCUUUUCCCCUCUUCUCAAGUCUCUUUUUCUCCAAAAAAAAAUAUUCAUUUUAUCUUAAGAAUGAACUCACGCCAUUCCCAUUCUCUGUCAAUUUUACACUUAUCCAACCGAAGACGUAGAAUCAGAAAUCGAUAAAAUUCUGAGAAAAAAAAACAGGAAAACUAAUUUUGAAAUCACACAUUCUCAUUGUUUGAGAUCUCAGAGUUUUGUCCUUAAAAAUGUUCCUCAUAGAUCUCUGUUUGUUAAAAAAAAGGAGACAAUAAGGUUGCUUACGUUCAUUUGAAAAUGAUCAUGUCCUCUGUUUUUAGAUUAAUUACAUCUUCAGAGUAUCUGUAAGAACAACAAAUGCCACCGCCAAAAACCCACCAUCAUAAUCGAAAAGACAUUUCCCUUUCUCUUCGGUGAAGUCCAUUCCUAUUCCAAGUUACCUGUGCCAACUUUUCGUAACUGUCCCCUGUUUCACUGUUGCAAAGCAUCCAACUUUUUUUUCUGACACUGAUGUGCCUUAUCAUCUUCCAGAAGCAUGAAUUUUUUUUUUCCUCGCAAACAUGUUCAUGCUCCUUAUUUUCCAUGAGUUUUUCGGUAAUGCUAUCGAUUUGGCAAAGCUCCAAAUCCUCGUCUGUCUUGGCGUGGCUACAAAUUAAGGAGCAGUCCCUUUUUAUGAUUAAGAAAAGCUGCCGAACGUCCUAUUGCCUUAAUCCUACCUUGGACUGUUGAAAUUGUUACCGAUCUGAUCUUCCCCCUUUUUUAAUGAGUAAUAUUUUCCCUAAAAACUUCGCAAUCCACUGCCUUUUCUGUUCAUCAUUAAUUUUGAACAGGGCUCUUCCUUUCCUCGAAUUAUUUAUGGUAAUUUUCCAUCUUUGUAAUUUAGAUUCAUUUGUUCCAAAUAGAUUUACCUAGUCCUAUUUUUUUUCUUUAUUAUUUUAUUUGUUUCAUGAAUCUUUUUUUUUUUUCUUUUUUUUCAAGGGGGGUUGAAGAAUACACUUAGGUAUUUUGUUUGUUAUCUGUUAACUUUUUAUGUUGUACAUUCCUCUGAAAUGAUAGCAAUAUCAUUUUUUUUGCCCUCCUAGUUGAAAUAGUAUCCCGUACGUUUACCAAAAAAAUAAAUCUAUGAAAAAAUGAAAUUUACACGUUUUAAUGUAUAAGUUCAUCGGGUGCAUUGUUUACCCCAGCAACGAAGAACAGAAUUAAUGGAAGUAUAAUUUUAUCAGGCAUCAUCUCGAUGGUUAAAGUCGAAAAUUUGUAACUUAGAAUGCUCACGAGUGCAGGAAAUGUCAUUCGGCCGAAGUCGCGCGGCGUGUUUUGCGAUAUAUCGAUCGAUCUACCAUUUAAACCUGUAGGAAAGGAUCGAUAAUCAGGGUGGUCGCAACGAACACCUUAAUACUCGAUUCUUUGCUAUAGCUUCAAAUAAGGAAAUAUCGAAGAUAGAUCAUUGACGCCUUGCUUCUGCACGCUAGUGUAUUUCCUCCCUGAGAAAAAUUUUUCCUCGACAGACCGAAAGUCCAAAAAGUCAUGAAGGUCGAUAAAUCGUCGGAAUUUCACCAAAGAUUUAUUUUCGUCGCCGUUCCUCGUUUCUGAAAAGAAUUUUCUCGCUUUCCCGACAAUUCUCUCACAUGGAGGAAAUUUUUUCUCUGGAAUAAGGAAAAUUUUCCUCGCAAGCCUCAAAAUUGUGCUUGGCAAUUUUCUUCUAUAUAAUAAACGAAAAAAUAACGUUGCGUAGCAGCUGUCAGGAAUACUGAAAACUUCUCCUGAAAAUUCAAAAAGACUGAUAGACUGUCGGAGUGUUUCCGAAAAGACUUUUCGGCGUCCGAUCGGACAAAAAUUUCCUCGCUGAUCACGCAACCUGCGGAUCGGCCAAAUUUUGCACCCCUGAAAUGCGUCUCCGCGCAUGUCUUGUUAGUUUUUUUCUUUUUUCAGGAAUACUAGCCAAUAGCUUUUAACGAAAUUUGUCGUGAAUUUUCUCAAUUAAUUCUAAAAAAAGACCUCGCGAAAUUGCAAGGAAGCAUUUUGGUUGAUAUUUUCUGAGGAAAAUGUGCAAUAAUCGUAGCUUUUUUUUAAUGUUGCAAUCAAGGUACGAAUUUUUUACUUUUAGCUAUCAGUCUGUUUUUUAGUAAUUAUAUUAUAUAUGGCAAAUUUUCAACGCUGUGAGCUGAUGAAUUUUUGAGUUUUGUUACUUUUCUUCGGAAGGAGCCGUAUCUAUCUGGCCACGAGAUGCCUAUGAACCGAUCAUACAUUGGUUCAGUUCUUAGUUUCAUUUUUCCGCUGGUUUUUUCCCCCCGUUUUAGUAUCCACAAUUGAAGUUAAUUAAGUCCUACUCUCUAGCACCUAUUUAAUUUUUGUUGUUUUGUGAAUGAUAUGUCCGUAUUUUUAUUUUUCCUCGUAUUCGUUACCCACCGUGUGAAAUUUUUGUGAUCUAGAUAUUAAGUUUUUAGACAAUUUUAAGGUGCAAUCGAAGGCAGAAUUGUCAAUUUAAGCAAUAAUGAAAAACCUUGCCAUUGUUUUCUGCGUAACUUUUUGUAAAGUAUUGAACCAGGUAAUAAAGUAAAUGUGCCUUCACCGUA